AUGGAAAAAGAGAAACCUGCAAAUAACAGUCCUCCUCACAUAGCCUCCACCUCUUCACCACAAAAUACAAGCACUGAUCUUAUCUCUAUCAAUGCAACAGCUCAAUUGCCUCUUAAAUUAACCCAUUUGAAUUAUCCGUCAUGGCGCGCACAAUUUAAUGCACUCCUCUUCGGCUACGAUCUGAUGGGAUUUGUUGAUGGCAGCAAAUCGUGUCCACCCUCAACAAUUAUGAAUGACGGGAAGCCCACACCAAAUCCAGAUUUUGCUCUUUGGGUGCGUCAAGAUCAACUACUGUUGCAUGCUAUAAUAGCAUCAACAUCAGAGAAUAUCAUGUCCUUCAUUGCCUCUGCCAAGACGUCGCGUGAGGCAUGGCAAAAGCUUGCUCAUCUAUAUGCCAACAAGUCUCGCUCUCGAGUCAUGUCUCUUAAAGAUCGUCUCUCUUCUCUCUCGCGAGGUACAAAAUCUGUCUCUGAAUAUCUUCAACUUAUCAAGACAACAGCUGAUGAGCUAGCUAUAGUGGAUUCUCCACUUGAUGAUAUUGAUCUUGUCAUUUAUACACUUAACGGACUAGGUCCAGAAUUUAAAGAAAUCUCAGCUGCUAUGAAAGCACCAGAGAAUCCAAUUACUUUUGAAGAACUGUAUGAUAAACUAAUAGACUAUGAAAAUUUUUUGAAGAAAGAAGAAAUGUCACAUGAUGCAACAGUCCUCACAGCAAAUUUCACUAGACGAUCCAAUGGCCAAGGACAUACGGCAAAGAAGUGUUACAAACUGCAUCCACCUUCUGAACCCAUGGUCAACUUUACAUCAUCCAACCGACUUGCUGCUCAAGAUUGA